AAACACUCUCUUACAGGUAGAUGAAGUCAAUCAAUAAGAGAAUGACACAACCAAAAAACAUCUUAUUUGAUUCGUUAAACGUUAUAGCCUGUGUAAAACCCGCAGUAUAUAUACCGCUGGACACGCAACGGAAAAACAGUUGCAAACAGACUAUGAAAAUGCAGAGGGUACUGUUUGGGGCAUCAAUGCUGCUUUUUUGGGUUGCCAUGAAUAUACAUUGUAUUCCACCCCCGUAUCCAGGACAGUCCGAUCUUACUUCAGGAAGCCUUAUUGCAGCAGCUGGUUCAAUUGGGAUCGUUGCACUGGCAGCAAGCGCUGCUCUGGCAGCAAUGUCUAGUUCGAAAAUCUCCAAGGACUGCAAUUGUAAGAACACUACCCCAGAGCCAGUCACAGAACCAGUCACAGAGCCAGGGCCGCUCUGUGAGGUCCUUCUAGAGGAAGAAAGACAGAGAUGCGGACAGGAGAAAGAACUUUUCGGUCGUACCAUCAGAGGAAAUUGCGAGGAGCUGGUAUCGGAUAUCUUUCAGGACUGUGUCCAAUGUUUAGAAUUCUUUGAUGAUGAAACGGCAUGUAACGAAAGAGCAAUAUGCUCAUUUGAUGAAAUAAGAGGCGUAUGUGUGAGUUCCGAUGGGAACUGAUGACUCCAACUAAAGAGUCAGUGAUUAACCAUG